CUGCCCCUCUCACCCCCAGCCUCGACAAGAUCUCACGACGGGCCACACAAUAUGGCGACGUACCAGAACGGAGGGGCUCCGGCCCGCGCGAUUGCUGACGACAGCGACGUCGAGGAGGAAGCCCUGGUGGCCGAAUACAAGGAGCACGUCCAGUACGAAGACGGCGACGAGCUCAGCCAGACGACGUCGCUCAACCUGGCCCAGCAGACCGACGAUAUCCAGUCCCGCCUCCUGCAGGCCGCCCAGCCCCUGGACUUCUCAGCACCCCUGGAGGUCAAGUUCCAGAGCUACGACGCCUACUGCAGCUUGUUCCACUACAUUUUGAACUCUGAUGGCCCUGUUGAUCUCGAGCCUCCUUCGUACUACUGGGCUUGGGAUGUGAUUGAUGAGUUCAUCUAUCAGUUCAACUCUUUCAGCUCUUACCGAAGCCGAAUCGCGAGACAAGCCAACAAUGAGGAGGAGAUUCAGAUCCUGCGCGAGAACCCCAACACCUGGGGCUGCUACAGCGUUCUCAACGUCCUGUACUCGCUGAUUCAGCGAUCUCAGAUCACCGAGCAGCUCGGAGCCAUGAAGCGCAACGAGGAUCCCAUGGCCGUGGCCGGCGAGUACGGCUCUAAGAACCUGUACCGCAUGCUGGGAUACUUCUCCAUCAUCGGUCUGCUGCGCGUUCACUGCUUGCUGGGUGAUUUCGGCCUGGCUCUCAAGACGCUCGAUGACAUUGAGCUCAACAAGAAGGCCAUGUUCGCCCGCGUCAUGGCGGCUCACUUCACGACCUACUACUAUGUCGGUUUCUCCUACAUGAUGAUGCACCGAUAUGCCGAUGCCAUCCGCAUGUUCUCCCACAUCUUGAUCUAUGUCUCAAGGACCAAGAACUUCCAGAAGAACGCCCAGUUCGACUCCAUCACCAAGAAGAACGAGCAGAUGUAUGCUCUGAUUGCCAUCUGCGUGGCUUUCCACCCCACCAGACUGGAUGACACCAUCCACAGCGCCCUGCGCGAGAAGUACGGCGACCAGCUGCUGAAGAUGCAGCGUGGCGGCCCCGAGUCGCUGCCCAUCUUUGAGGAGCUGUUCCGCACCGCCUGCCCCAAGUUCAUCUCCCCCGUUCCUCCGGACUUUGACAACCCCGAGUCCAACAUCGACCCCGUGGAACACCACCUGGCCAUCUUCAUGGACGAGGUCAAGACCAACAUGUACAGCCCCACCAUCAAGUCUUACCUCCGACUCUACACCACCAUGGAUCUCACCAAGCUCGCUGGCUUCCUCGAGGUGAAGCCCGAUGAGCUGCGAUCCUGGCUCCUGGUCACCAAGCAGCGCACCAAGCAGCUGCGAUGGCAGGACCAGGGUCUCCUGGAUGGUGAGCUGAUCAACGUCAGCGACCUUGACUAUGCUCUCCAGGGAGACCUCAUUCACAUCUCAGAGGCCAAGGUUGGCCGAAAGUUGGUUGACUGGUACCUCCGCAACCUGUCUCGCACCUACAACUAAAGCGAGCAGACGGAUAAGUCGAGUUACCCUUCACGCGGUAGGAAGAAAAACGCCGCCGGCCUAGCACCAAAAGUUGUGUGUGAUGUCCGGUUGUGUGUAAAUCUUCCCACCCCUUGCCCAAGUGUACGCUGGUUCGACUAGAAAAAGGUACCAUGCGUGGCAAAAAAUUACGAAAAUUGUUGAAGGGAAGAUGGGGCGGGUAUACUGGAUCAACAACUGGCCGGUUGCAUGGCUAUGGCGUCACGGAGUUGGUUGGAACUCGUAUGAGGGCACGAGGUUUGCUCGGAAGUGGCCCUGGGGGAGGUGGAUUACAAAUUUUGAGGUAGAAAUAUCUUUGUAGAGUGUUCAUAAUGUUGACGUGGAAUUACGGCUGAAAUAAAAAGAAAGGAAUGAUUCAAUUUUCAUUAUUCACUGGCCGAGCCAUGGUGCUGCGA